AGAGCAUCAUUAGAAUUUGACAUGAAAACACAAAUGCAAAAUGACAAUACAGAUGAUUCAGACGGUGAAGAAGUUACAAGUACAUUAUGGAAGUGGAAAUGGAGUGAAAUCUGGAUCAAUAGUCUUUUGACUUGGACCAGUAAUAUCAAAAGAAUGAAAAAAGUAGCUAAUA